GCAGAUUCCUUUCUGUUCCUCUUCUCUUGCUCAGCUAUAAGCAAGAGAAAUACAAGAUAGUUUAAUGCCUUGUGCAAUUCGUAUGCAAUUGUAUGAAGAGAAUAAUAGUUGCACGAACAAAGGACGUGGGGAAGGGAAGGUCAGAGUUAGAGAAGGAUUUGUGAUAGCAAGGAAAUUUGGUCUUAAUUGGAAAGAGACUAUGAAAAUUCUGAAGCAAGUGGCUGCAGCACUUGUCCACUUCCAUGAUAAUGGUACAUCUGUGUACGUGGAUUUAAAGCCAGAGAACAUAUUGAUAGAUAGGGGAAAGAAUGCCUUCUUGUGUGAUUUCGGGGCUGUUGUUAAAGAAGGAGGGAACAUGCCUGAGACUUAUACCAAAGAGUAUAGCGCUCCUGAAGUAGUUGAGCCUCACAAAAAUAGUAAAAUAACCAAGAAGGUAGAUUCAUACAGUUUUGGAAUAGUUGUGUUGCAGUUGAUAAUGCAGGAUGCUGCAAUUCUUCCUAUUGAGAAUGGAAAAAAUAUUGUGCAGAAACAUAUUAAAGACAGAGCUAAAGAUGCAGCAGAAUUUGGAAGGCAGCAUGCUGUAUGUAGAAGGUUACUUCAAGAUGGCUGCAGUAAAGAAGAGGAAAUUAAGAUUACAGACGUAGCACUUAGAUGCGCAAGAGGAAAUCCCGAAGCUCGCCCAAGCAUGAAGGAAAUUCAAAGGAUGUUGCAUGAAAUUUAGAGAUAGCUCUGCAUAUAUGUUUUGUUAUCAGCAAGUAUAUGGUACUACAAACCUCUCUUUACAUGUCUGUUGUGUUCUCUAGCUUUAAGACAUUUAAGAGUUUAUCGUUCUGUAGAGUUUUUGGUGAGAGAAAUGCCAAUCUUUAAUAAGGCUUUCGGAUGCUGAGGCUUGCUAUUUUGCUUCAGAAUGUGGUUCUCUAGUUGGAACUAUGGAUUUUUGGAUGAUCUGUGUGGCUUGCCGUAGCUUCCUUCUUAAUGUUGAUGCAUUUAAUGUUUUAAUCUGCACUGCUAUUGCUCUAUCAAGGGUGCAAUUGAUGAGAAUCUAGUAAUAAGGAAGGCGUAGUUGCUUUGGACAUGCUUCUCAGGAAGAGUUAUUUAUUUCUGCAGAUUUUCAGUGUUGAUUCUGGUUCAGGUACGGAACUGUGAAGGAAUGUCUUUGGAAGAAAGUGCUAGCCUGGAUUAUCAAGUUUUUUCAAUUGACCUUGCCUAUUUUUUAAGGUUGCUGUCGACUUUCUUCUGAGUGAGACAUUCCCACCUGUGAUUCUGACAUCCUGGCAUCUGUUUUGUUUUGGAAAUUUCUGUGUUCUUGAAGGGAUGUAGUAAUAACAAUAAAAAACGAAGGGUUGA